AUGACUUGGUGCCGGUCUGAGUUUCUGUGGCUUCUCAAAAUCUCAGUGUUGCUCUUUGGACUUGGCUCUGUUGUAUUUCUACUCAGAAGUGUGGAGUUCAGUAGCCCCACGCCAGAGCUCCCUCAUUCUGCUCUGCCCGACCAGAUCCCAAAGCUUCUACCUGAGGAACGGCUCAAGAACCUCUUUACCUACGAAGGAAUCUGGCUCUUCCCGAAAAACCAGUGCAAAUGCGAUGUUACCGCACAGCAGGGAGGCUACAACUUUCAGGAUGCCUAUGGCCAGACUGAGCUCCCAGCGGUGAAAACAAGGAGACAGGCUGAAUUUGAACACUUCCAGAGGAGAGAAGGGUUGCCCCAUCCACCACCGCUGCUGGCUCAGCCCAACCUCCCCUUUGGAUACCCGGUCCAUGGGGUAGAGGUGAUGCCCCUGCAUACAGUUCCCAUCCCAGGUCUCCAGUUUGAAGGACCAGAGGCCCCCAUCUAUGAGGUCACCCUGACCGCUUCUCUGGGGACACUGAACACCCUCGCUGACAUCCCAGACAGUGUGGUGCAGGGCAGAGGCCAGAAGCGGCUGACCAUUUCGACCAGUGACCGGAAGCUUUUGAAUUUCAUCCUCCAGCACGUGACUUACACCAGCACGGUGUACCAGCACCACAGGGUGGAUGUGGUGAGUCUGGAGUCCGAGUCCUCGGUGGUCAAGUUUCCAGUGACCAUCCGCUAUCCUGUCAUCCCCAAGUUAUACGACCCCGGACCAGAGAGGAAGCUCAGAGACCUGGUGACCGUUGCCACCAAAACCUUCCUCCGUCCCCACAAGCUCAUGACCAUGCUCCGGAGCCUUCGUGAGUACUACCCAGACUUGACAGUGAUCGUGGCCGAUGACAGCAAGGAGCCCCUAAAGAUUAAUGACAACCAUGUGGAAUAUUACCUCAUGCCCUUCGGGAAGGGUUGGUUUGCUGGUAGGAACCUGGCCAUCUCUCAGGUCACCACCAAAUACGUUCUCUGGGUGGAUGACGAUUUCCUCUUCAACAACGACACCAAGAUUGAGGUGCUGGUGGAUGUCCUCGAGAAAACAGAAUUGGACGUGGUAGGUGGCAGUGUACUUGGAAAUGUGUUCCAGUUUAAGCUGUUGCUGGAGAAGAGUCAGAAUGGGGACUGUCUUCACCGGAGGCCAGGCUCUUUCGGACCCCUGGAUGGCUUCCCCCACUGCGUGGUGACCAGUGGCGUUGUCAACUUCUUCCUGGCCCACACGGAGCGGCUCCAGAGAGUUGGCUUCGACCCCCGCCUACAGCGGGUGGCUCACUCAGAGUUCUUUAUUGACGGGCUCGGGAGCUUGCUCGUGGGAUCAUGUCCAGAAGUGAUCAUAGGUCACCAGGCCAGGUCUCCAGUGACCGACCGGGAGCUGGCCGCACUGGAGAAGACCUACAGCACAUUCCGGACCAACACCAAGGAACAGGUCCAGUUCAAGCUGGCACUCCAUUACUUCAAGAACCAUCUCCAGUGCUCUUCAUGA